GCCUGGCCCGCGUCGCGACGCUUGUCUGCAUGCUACCAGCGGACGGGCGAAGAGCGCCUCGGAACGCCGACAGGUGCAAUAGCCGCGCCAGAAUUCCUGGCACGGUGGCACCACUCCCCUGUUAGCUGGAUCACUGGCUGUUUUGUACGACUGUCGGGAAUGAAAACAAGCAGCUUUACAAGCUGGUGGUGAUUCAUUGAAGAGGCAGUGAAGAGAAAAGUAUUUUGGUGGGCUGUUAAAUCCAAGUGACGUAUCUAUGUUCCGAGAUACAUCUACAGUGAAUACCAAUGAUGAUUAUGUAACUGGACUAACGUAAAACAUUCGAGCAUAUUGACAAUAUAGCUUAUCUUCUGCGUAACAGUCUUCAAAAAUUAGUAUCUUUCUGAGUGCUGUGAUAUGGGUUCAAAUGGAUACAGGAUACCAAGAAGAAUAAAACACACCAUUGUUGUAUAAAAUAAAUUAAAUGGAGUGUACUUCAGCGUGAAGAAAGCCAAAUAUUAUCAGGGAUGCCAUCCUUUUGUUCUUCGGAUUACCGCCCUCGUAGCACGUGCAAGCGACCGUGUGACGCAAUGCGGCUGGUGAGCAGCCACGACCGGCGGAGAGGCGCCAACGUCCUCCGCCUCCGGUAAACCAUGUGCCAGACGCAGCGGGAGCAAUGGCCGUGGCGGCAGUGCUGCGGCCUCCCGCCGGUGUCCCUGGUGCUGGCCGCCGCUGCCGCCGCCUGGGCGCUCACCACCCCCUGCCUGGCCAGCCACCCCCACCGCCACCACCACCAGCUGCAGCAGCGCUACCUGCAGGAGGCGGACGGAGCCAAGGCGCACCUCAGCGCCUGGAAGGCCGCCUGGCCCGUGAAGCGCGAGGCGGUGGUCGAGGGCGAGCUGGUGCUGGGCGGGCUCAUGAUGGUGCACGAGCGCUCCGACACGGUGACGUGCGGGCCCGUGAUGCCGCAGGGCGGCGUGCAGGCGCUCGAGACCAUGCUCUACACGCUGGACAGGAUCAACGCGCCACCCUCGCUGCUGCCCAACGUCACCAUCGGUGCGCACAUACUCGACGACUGCGAUAUGGACACUUACGGUCUGGAGAUGGCGGUCGACUUCAUCAAAGGUACAGGAAAUGUAAAUUACUUCCUUUAUCUAAGAAUACAGACAACUGUGGAUGUACUGUCUGUACAGAUGUAA